AUGUGUAUACUAUCCAAAAAGAAUGCUCACAUUACAUAUCUUCAUUCUCUAUUUGUUGAAAAUGCCACUUUAGCUCGUUUCACUAUAUUUGGAAUUCCAUAUAUCUCCAUUAUUGAAACUUCCCUUCCCUUAUUGUAUCCAAUCUCGAUAAAUAGUCGAUCAAUGCAGCGUAUUAUUACAUCAGCCGCACGAGUUGCUUCGAAGAGUGCUGUCCAGUCUUACACCAAAUCGGGCCUGAUUCUCCCCGGACAAGUGUUAAGUGUGUGGGACCCGUCAGAUCCCACUUCCAAGCAAAUGGCGAACUAUUUCACUCAUCCUGACCAGAUUCCUGUGAGCAAGGGAGAGAAACUGGAUAACGCGAUCGAAGCGGCCGUUACUACCGUGGACAAAGUCAUUGGAUACUGCCGUGCUGGUUCUGUGUUCCCUCAGACGUUCGGUCUGGCUUGCUGUGCCAUGGAAAUGAUUGAUGCUUCCUCUGCUCGUUUCGAUUUCGAGCGUUUAGGUAUGAUUCCUCGAGCAACUCCUCGUCAGGCUGAUCUCAUGAUUGUUUCUGGUACUGUGACAAACAAGAUGGCUCCUGCCAUCCGCCGACUUUAUGACCAGAUGUCCGAGCCUCGCUACGUGAUUUCGAUGGGAAGUUGCGCGAACUCGGGAGGUUAUUAUGCAUACAGCUACAACGUGGUCCGAGGCGUGGAUCGUCUGUUCCCCGUGGAUUACUACGUUCCCGGCUGUCCUCCGACGGCCGACGGUCUUCUCUACGCGAUCCUGAUGGUGAUGAAGAAGCUGAAGCAGCAGAAGACGUACAGCAUGUUCAUGUCGAAGUGA